GUUCAAACUGAUGAAGUAGGGUGAAACCAUCUGGGGGGAAAAAGAAGUGGGAUCAGGACAAAGCAAAGCCAGGCUGAUGCAAAGAUCAUAGAGCGGCUGAUGUCUGACACACACUUUCCACGCCGCUCCUCAAGCAUGCAUGGUUGGCCGCGCAGAGAAUGCCGGGAGUUGUAGUCCCCGGCCCCAUCGAGGCGCUUUGUAAUUCGACCAGGGGAAAUACAAUGACCACAGUGCUUCGCGCGGGGGGCGGGGUUUAAUCUUGAGCUGUCAUCUGCAGCCGCUGGGAGUAACCCAGGGCUCGCGUGUCAGCUGACUUGGAAUGUUCAGACAUUGGAUUCGAAUUUAGAAUUUAGAAUUAGAACGCGGUGCUGUCCGGCCGGCCCCGACAAUGUUACAUUUGGCCGGUGCUGGCUCCUGACCUAGUGCAAGCCUUCGCAAUGCUGCUGAGGAGAGUUCUUCGCCCGUCCCAGACUCUCUUGUGCAGCGUCGGCUUUGGGAGUAAAACUGAAAGGAGUGGAUUCCUCCCUCGUGUUUCACCGCUCGCUCGCCCGACCACCGCGGAACCGGCUCCUUGCCGACAGGGAUAUGGCACUCACUCGUCUAAGGAACCACUGGAGCCGCUGUCCACGGCGCAUGGAGCCCGCGACUUUGUGUACAGCCUGCACUCCAAGGAGAGGAAAAGUCUGCUUGAGGAGCUCCAGAAAUUCGAGUCCAUUGCUGCGGAACAAGCAGUUCCCAGACAUCGCUAUCCCAGAGCCCAGAUUGCCAUAAGCAGGAAGUGGCGGGAGCAGGCAACUGCAGGGGAAAUGCAAAUUAGCCCUCCAUCGUCGGCACAACAAAGAUACGUGUUUCUUCACAGUGCAAUUCCUUUUAUUGGAUUUGGCUUCCUGGACAAUGCCAUAAUGAUUGUCGCUGGAACGCAGAUAGAAUUGUCCAUUGGAGUAAUUUUCGGAAUUUCUACUAUGGGAGCUGCUGCACUGGGUAAUCUUGUGUCAGAUGUAGCUGGCCUGGGACUUGCUGCAUAUGUGGAGGCUCUUGCAUCAAGGCUAGGACUACCAAGUCCUAAUCUAAACCCCAAACAGGCCGACAUGUGGCAGACUCGACUGAGCUCGCAGCUGGGAAAAGUUAUAGGUGUAACCAUUGGUUGCAUCCUCGGAAUGUUUCCGCUACUGUUCUUCAAAACUGAGGAAGAGGAAAUGCAACAAGAACCCAAGAACUGAACCCGUUUACUGAUCAUUGAAUCUAUUGCUUGCAUCCAGAAGUAAUUCUGGGAAAAGAACAAUCUUUCAUUGAACACCAUGUCAUUCCAGACUAGGAAUGCGGUGGAAUAUUAACUUUAACAUUAACAAAACAAGUUUCACUACUACAAGCAUAAACUAUAUCCAUUAAUUCAUUAUCUACAUUUGUUUUAAAAGCAAGCGGAGUCACUAAAUGUACAGUCAUGUGGUCUUUAAAAUCAGAUUCACUGCAUGUCAGACUGCGGUGUUUAAUUAUCUGCAAUACUUUGAAACAAUGUUGUCGAGUAGUUAAUGUUAAACGUUUUUAUCAAAGAAUCUAAAUGUAUUAAAUUAUGUAAAUGUCAUAACUGAUGUAUUCAUUUUUAAAAAGAUUAUUUACAUUUGAUAUGCUGCAAUAUUUAAGUCUUAUGUAUCUGUCUGCCUUCCGCAAAGACCGACUCCGCAACUCCCUUGUCAAUUCUUCCCUUCCCUCCCUGGGCACUCUCCGUUGCAACCGCAAGAAAUGCAACACCUGUCCCUUCGUCUCCCCCCUCGACUCCAUUCAAGGACCCAAGCAGUCGUUCCAGGUGCGACAAAGGUUCACCUGUAUCUCCUCCAACCUCAUCUACUGCAUCCGCUGCUCUAGAUGUCAGCUGAUUUACAUCGGGGAGACUAAGCGGAGGCUGGGCGAUCGUUUCGCCGAACACCUCCACUCAGUCCGCAAUAACCAACCUGAACUCCCGGUGGCUCAGCACUUCAACUCUCCCUCCCAUUCCCAAUCCGACCUCUCCGUCCUGGGUCUCCUCCAUUGCCAGAGUGAGCAACACCGGAAAUUGGAGGAACAGCACCUCAUAUUCCGCCUGGGUUGCUUGCGUCCAGUUGGCAUGACCGUUGAAUUCUCCCAGUUUUGCUAGCCCUUGCUGUCUCCUCCCCUUCCUUAACCCUCGAACUGUCUCCUCCCAUCCCCCCUGCCCUCGGGCUCCUCCUCCUCCCUUUUUCCUUCCUUCUCCCCCCUUUUUCCCCUUCUCCCCCCCACCCCCCAUCAAUCUGAAGAAGGGUUUUGGCCCGAAACGUCACCUAUUUCCUUCACUCCAUAGAUGCUGCUGCACCCGCUGAGUUUCUCCAGCAUUUUUGGGUAUAAGUCUUAUGAUUUGAUUUUAAAAAACCUGUGCAUAUUUUAAUUGUGAAGUUUAAAGUUGUAUUUCCAUGUUCACCCAAUAGUUAUUGUAAUUUUAUGUUGUGCUUUUGAACGUGAUACUUUGAACUUCAUUUCAGUUGCAGGGCAUCAUUAAAUGAAAUGGUGAUACUUGCUUUGAGUGCAGUGCUGUUAGAUUUUUUUUUUUUUUAAAGAUGCUGAAAAGCACUUCCAAUUAGCACGAAGUAAAUGCUAUUGAUAUUAGAGUGAUAUUUCCAAACCUUAACUUGCAUUGUGUUCAUUCCAAUGCAAAUCUUAAAAUAUUUUGUUUCUUUGGUCCUUCUAAGAAGAUAUUUCUGCUGUCCGCAGCUGUGAUGUCUUUAACUGAAGUUGCUAUUUUGAGGGCCUGUACAAUGACACUUGUACCGGUGGACAAAUUUGA